AUGGCUGACGAUGAUGAAAUACAAGCAAUCAGAGCGAAAAGACUGGCUGAGCUACAGGCUCAAUAUGGAGGAGGAAAGCAACAGGACCAAGAGCAGAAAGAAGAGGCUCAAAGAAGACAUCAAGACAUGAAAAAUGCCAUGCUAGCACAAAUUCUUGAACAAUCUGCAAGAGCAAGAUUAAGCAGUAUAGCUCUUGUAAAACCAGAGAAGGCAGAAUUAGUUGAGAAUAUGUUAAUACGUAUGGCACAGACAGGACAAAUUCAUGGCAAAUUAGGAGAGGCUGAACUAAUUAAAUUACUUGAACAAGUCAAUCAAACUCAAGCCAAGAAAACCACAGUUAAAUUUGAUAGGAGAAAAUUGGAUGAUUCCGAUGAAGAUUGA